AUGUGCGCAAAGGACAAACUCUAUGUUGAAGAUGCCAAAGACUUUUUCAUAGAUAGGGAAGAUAUAGCCAUGAAUGCACCAGUUCAACUGACAGAGCAGCAAUUGCAAGAAUUAAAACCAAAGUCAGGUUUGGCACUUGAUAAAAAGCGUUAUCUUUGGAUGAUUAGCCCAUCACUUCCAGUGAUUGGGUUAGGAAUUUUAGCGGGAUAUCAUGUUGCACCUAAGCCACUAAAAAAAGUUUUUGCAUUGGGUGGGCCACUGGUACUGCAUGUGAUUAUUCCAGCCAUUGAUUCAUUGAUUGGUAAGGAUAAAAACAAUCCGACCAGUGAAGAUGUAAAAUUACUUGAGCAAGAUCCGUAUUAUUCACGUUUGGUCAAAUCCUUUAUUCCGAUUCAAUAUGUCGCCAAUGUUUAUGCUUGUUAUUUGGUGGGACGUAAACAAACAUCACUUUUAGAUAAGAUUUUGCUAGGUGUUUCAAUGGGUGCAAUUAAUGGUAUUGCCAUUAACACAGCACAUGAGUUAAGCCAUAAGCAUGACCGUAUGGACCAUAUUUUAUCGCAUUUGGCAUUGGUUCCAUCAGGUUAUAACCAUUUCCGUAUCGAACAUCCUUAUGGACACCAUAAACGCGCUGCGACGCCUGAAGAUCCUGCUUCGUCGCAAAUGGGUGAAACGCUUUAUGAGUUUUUACCACGUACCGUCAUUGGCUCAUUUAAAUCAGCGAUUGAGAUUGAAACCAACCGUCUUAAACGUAAGGGCCUUGGAUUCUGGUCUAAAGAUAAUGAGUUAUUGCAAGGCUGGACAAUGACCGCAGCAUUCCAUUCGUCUAUGGUCGGGUUAUUUGGUAAAGCAACUCAGUCAGCUUAUAGUAUUACGUUGUUUGAGAUCAUUAAUUAUAUUGAGCAUUAUGGUUUAUUGCGCCAAAAAGAUGAAAAUGGCAAAUAUGAACGCACAAUGCCUGAGCAUAGUUGGAACAAUAACAACAUCGUAACUAAUUUAUUCUUAUAUCAGUUACAACGUCAUUCAGAUCAUCAUGCCUUUCCGACACGCCCAUUCCAAGCGUUACGUCACUUUGAUGAAGCACCUGAAUUACCAAGCGGUUAUGCAAGUAUGCUGUUGCCAGCGAUGAUCCCAUCGUGGUGGUUUAAAAUUAUGGAUAAGCGUGUAUUUGAUCAUUACAAGGGUGAUUUAAAUAAGGCCAGUAUUUAUCCUAAACGCCGAGCAAUAUUCAGCAAUGAAAUAGGCAAUCAACCGUGUUCAAUUGCGCGUACAUUAUCUGUAUUGGGUGAUCGAUGGACCAUGCUUAUUUUACGUAAUGCUUUUAUGGGUUUACGUCGUUUUGAUGAUUUUCAAGAAAAUUUAGGUGUGACAAGACAUGUAUUGUCUGAACGGCUAAAACGUUUGGUCGAGCAUGAAAUAUUGGUUAAAGUAGCUUAUGUCGAUCGACAAGAGCGUUAUGAAUAUCGCUUAACUGAAAAGGGUUUAGAUCUAUAUCCUAUUUUAUUAACCAUGGUGGCAUGGGCGGAUAAAUGGAUGGAUGAGGGGCUGGGUGCACCUAUGGUGUAUCAACAUACCGUUUGUGGUCAUGAGUUUACUCCGGUAUUGGUAUGUUCAGAAUGUCAGCAGGCGGUGAAUGCAAGACAGGUGAAGCCAAUCGUUACCCCAGCUUUUUUUCAAUACAUAGCGCAGAAAAAAUUAGCUUGA